GGGGCCCAAUCAGGCUGCCUGCAGGGACGGGAGGGGGCUCCCCUCUCCCCGACACAGGCGUUUUCCUGCUUUUUCCCUCCCGUGUCUGUCCAGCAGUGUCCGACCAGAGUGGGGAGGGAUCCUGCCCCACCCCGGGGGGGCUCCCUGAGCUGCCACAAGGUGAGAUCCGGGGGUCUCGGUGCAGCUGCUGCUGCCUCCCACGUGCCUGCGACUGCAGGCCCAAGUCCGGGUUCAUGUUUGUGUCAUCCUGGGGGCAGGCUGGCCCGGAGCUGGCGCGUUUGGGCAAACUCGACCACCCUCCUGCGUCCCCAGGCUUCACAGCGAGCUAGGCAGGCCCUCAAGGGGGCAGCCCCAGCCUCGGGACCAAACGCCGCUGGCAGGCACAGCCUCUGGACUGUCUUGUGGAGGCGUGAGUGGCAUUUGUGCCCGCCCUCCCUGUGGUCCUGGAUCACCAUUUUGGGGUUGGCGCUCUUACAGCAAGAUGGCCACUUUCUGGGAGUGAGAGCACAUCCCCGAAGCCUGAUCUGGGCUCUGCUCUCCUUGUUGAGAAACUAACAGGCAGUUGGGAGGAAAAUCCGAAUUUGACUCCACCCUCUUUAGGGCAAAGGAGAAGCAGGUGACCCAAGGAGGGGCAGGCCAGAGGAGGGUGACUCCUGCACAGGGACCCCCGCCCUCGGACCCCGCUGUCCUUUUCUAUUUGUUUACUUGGCGGUGGCAGCCAGUCUGACCCUGUCUGUGGUCUGACUGUUCCUAAGUGUGUAACUUUCAGUAUUAUCUGUGACAGACGGUUCUGUGGUGAAAAAGGUUUAUUAUAUUCCUUAUGGCUGCCUUGUACAAAAUCCGUUAGAAACGCUAAUGUAAGAUAUCAGAUUUCUAACAAGACAAAAACAGCAUUAUGGAGUUAAAAGAUUUUUACAACUGGUCUUGAUUUUGAUGUGAGCUGGUUUUUAGCUCUCAAAUGUUGUCACUUAAAUAAAAACCUUAUUUGCCUUUA